AUGUGGCGUUGGACCAAGACCUGGAUUCGCCCCCUUUGGGAGGCUGGGAUGCCCCUCGCGCCCCUCUCAAGCUCCUCUCUGACUCUGCCUAUGUAUAGUAGCAGUAGUCCAAGCCCUGCUAUUCCCCCAGCAGAAGGGUUCCCAGAUCCCUUCUCCAUAAAAGCAGAGGAAUGGGUCUAUGGGACCACCUUCUCUACUCUUCUCCCCUCACCCUCCUUUGUCCUUUCUCCAACCAGGCCAGUGCCACUCUCCUACAAGCUGCUGGAAGGUCAGAACACCCAACCACCCCUCAUCUUCCUACAUGGGCUCUUUGGCAGCAAAAUCAUCUUCGAAUAUGAGGCCAAAGCCCUAGCAAAACGGACGGGCAGGAAGGUACUGACAGUGGAUGCCCAGAACCACAGGGAGAGCCCAUCAAGUCCUGACUGCAGCUAUGAAGCCAUGAGCACAGACCUGGAGGCCCUCCUAUUAAAACUAGGACUCGCGCCUUGUGUCCUCAUUGGGCACUGCAUGGGCGGCAAGACAGCCAUGGUCUUGGCACUACAGAAGCCUGAGUUAGUGGAACGCCUAAUUCCUGUGGAUGUCAGCCCAACAGUGACCACAGCCUUCCCAGAAGUCUGGACCUACAUGAAAGCCAUGAAGUCACUAAACAUUCCCAAAGAAUUGAAUUUCUCUGAGGCCCAAAAAUUAGCCCAUGAGAAGCUUAGCCAAAGCAUCAAGAAUCCAGUUAAUCGACAAUAUAUGAUCAACAAUCUGAUGCUGGUCAAUGGGCAAUACAUAUGGAAGGUCAAUAGCGAAGCCUUGAGCCAACAGAUGGACAAGAUCAUGGACUUCCCCCAGAUCCAAGGAUCCUACUCUGGCCCCACACUCUUCCUCAGAGGCGCCAAGUCAUCCUACAUUCAGCCUAGCCACCUCCCUGAGAUCAAACGUCUUUUCCCUCAAGCUCAGAUUCUGACUAUCCCAAAGGCUGGCCACUGUAUUCAUGCUUACCAACCCCAAGACUUCCUGACCCAUAUUCAAAAUUUCCUGUCCUAG